AUGUCAAUUAAGCAGGUCGUUACACACUUAGUAUUUGCCGAUGAUCUGAUGCUAUUCUCCGGAGGUGAUGUUGUGUCUGUAAAGUAUUUAAUGGACUGCCUGAAGGAGUUUGCUCAAUGCUCUGGUCUCUCUGCAAACUGCCUGAAGUCUAACUUAUUUCAGACUAGAAUGAAGGCUAAUGAUCUUGAAGAGGUUAUCAAUCAGACUGGGAUUAAAGAAGGGGUGUUCCCCUUCAGAUACCUGGGCAUCCCCCUAAUGUCAUCAAGAUUAAAUGCAGCUCACUAUAAACCACUGAUUGAUCGCAUUGCUGGGAAAGAACACUCUCCUUUAUUUAAGAGGGUGGUUGAGAUUAAAAAUCAACUAGUUCAGGUUGCAGGGGGAGUAGAGGCAGUUGUGGAAAUGUUGAAUAAAAUGCAAAACAAUUCACACAUGUGGUAUGAUUUAUGGAGAGAGAAAAAUUAUAAAGUACCUUGUUUUAAAGAAGUAUGGUACAAUGGGUCUACCCCAAAGCAUGUUUUUUGCUUAUGGCUCGGCCUGAAGGAGAAGCUACCAACUUGUGACAAAAUUCAAGUUGAAGGGAUUGAUCAAGGAUGUACAUUUUGUGAUGAAAGCAGGGAAACACUUGAGCACCUCUUCUUCAAAUGUAAGUUCUCGGCUGAAAUUUGGAGUAGAAUAAGAAAAUGGUUAGGAAUUAGAAAAGCCAUGUCCACAAUCAAGGCAGCUGUGAAAUGGCUUCAUAAAGAGGCUAAGGGGAAUGGAGUGCAUUCUGCAGGAAAAAGAAUUGGACUUGCUGCUACCGUGUACUGUAUUUGGCAUUUUAGGAACAGAAAAAGAUUUGAAAGUAUUGUAAUCCCCCAUAGAGAAUUAGUUAAAGUGAUCCAGAAACACACCUAUAGGGCGGUUUUUGAUAAAUUUGACAUGUACUUAGUUUGA